AUGUGUGAAAUAUACCAGUUGGCCUCGCUUGUUGCCACCCACUCAGCCAUGGAGGAGUCAGGGGGGUCUGAAGACUCGUUGCCCCCAGAGAGACCAAAAGCCCAGAAUGCAACACCCAUAGACCCAGACAGCGGCUCCCCUUACAGCUGUGAAAAGCUCAGUGGCAAGCCAUUUUAUUCAAUGUCAGGAGGAAUCUAUUGUGAAAACGACUUUUUGUACGCAGGAGUUCGUCCAUCCCCAGAGUUGUGUCACAGCUGUGGGUAUUUAAUCAUGGAUAUGGUCCUGCAGGCUCGAGGGAAGUCCUACCACCCGUCCUGUUUCCGCUGCGUCGUCUGCAGACGGGGCCUGGAGGGUCUGCCCUUCACUGUAGACUCAAGCAGCAGGGUUUACUGUGUCAGCGACUACCACAAGGUCCAGGCCCCCCGCUGUGCUGCCUGCAGAAUGCCGAUACUGCCGAGUGAGGGGUCUACAGAGUCUAUUCGAGUGGUAUCAGGGAACAGAAAUUACCACGUAGAGUGCUACAGCGGUGAGGUUAACCUCAUUUAA